AUGCCAGAACCCAUUCCUGCUGCCGGCUAUCCAUUCGCGGGCAUGCUUUAUACAGUGACCAACUUUAAAGAUUUGGCAGCACCAGUCGGAAAAUCACUCUCAGUUGUGCUCGGAAUAUCGAUUGCUACCAUAGUGCCUCUCCUGUUCAUGACAUUCAAUCAGCAGUCGAAGCUAGUUGCCCGAUUCCUUCGCUCCAUCGACCCGCGCCUUGGAGCUCUUUCCGUUCUCGGCGUACGGUUAGCAACAUGGAUAGCUCUGCUGUUAUGCAUGGGGGAAGCUUCACUUGCAGUUUGGGUUGUCCUCGGAAACCGUUUGGAAGCAACACGAGCAGGUCUCUUUGACGAAGUGCUACUUCGACAUGCACACGUCGACAUUGGGCCGUUUGUGGAGGACCCUGCACAUACAUUGCCUGCUCACCAAGAAAACAAACAGCAGAAAACGCUGCGCGAUUUAGCUCAACUGGCGACGCAUCGCUCUAAUGUCACCGACAUUGUUCGCCGUCCGGCGCGUGCUGCAGUCGGUUUCGCACUUGAAUUCGUGCCAGUAGUUGGACCGCUCGCAUAUGCUUACCUUGAAGGCGAACGAACAGCAAUUGAAGCUCACCACCGGUUGUUCAAACUUAAAAAUAUGUCCCCUGAUGAACGUGCCAAAUGGAUAUUGGCCAGGAGGAAUGAUUAUUCGCAAUUUGGGUUCGUGGCAGCAGCAUUAGAGACCGUGCCUUUAUUAGGCAGUAUUACAAAGUUCACCAAUGCUGUCGGCGCUGCGUUGUGGGCUGCGGAUAUGGAACGGCGACAGGCGACAGUGCGGGCCUCAGCAGGCAUCGGUGGUGAGCGUCAUGGGAAGAAAACAGGGAAAGCGAUUCCUGGGAGAGCGGGCAAUAAGAAGCCGUUCACCCAGUAA